CGAACACGCGCAACCGCAGUCCCCCCCCCCCCGAAUACUCCCACGCGAGAGAACGGCGGCCCAUAUGUCGAGUCAUCCGCCGAAGCGACAGCGCUUGACGGGCUCGUUUUCACCAGCAUCCCCACCCUAUCACAAGGACAAGCCGAGCGACCAGCAGACAAAACCUGUUGUCCAUCCCAACACCCCGACCUCCCCACCCUAUAUGUCGACUAAUUCGCAGCCAAAUGGAGGUUUUGCUGCUUCUGCGACUGCUCCAUCGUCCGAAAUGACCCCGCCGUCCUCGGUGAGUAUGUCGCAGCAGGUCUCCCAACCGGGGGCGUCGGCAUUAAACCCCCUUCCGUUUCCAACCCCCUCCAGUACCACUGGAGUUGUCUCUGCAAAUGUCGAUAGCGACGGUGAUGCGAUGAUGGUGGAUGAUGCAAACGACGAUGCAACGAGGCCAGGGGGAAAUAGGCGAUCGAAUCACAACCGGCAAGGGAAAGGGAAGGCUGUUGUGUUUGGCGAAAAGGGCAUUUUUGGCAGCUUGCUGUUCAAGGUUGGCGAAAAUGAGCACUCCUUAUCACGACCCCAUGGUUCACAGAACCUGUUCGAGCUCUACGGCCUGAACGAUAUAGCCAGCACUGUGGCUAGAACUGAUCCAAGGACUGGAGAAAAAAUUAACAAGCUCCGCAAAUCGUACGAGGGCCACAUCAAGGCAUUGCAAAUAGCUGGCAGACCAAAGGCAGUUAAGAUGGAAGGGGCGCUUAUUGGGCCCCUCCUCUAUACGGAUUCGGACUUCGAUGCUGCGAGGGUUGCAGGCAGGGAGAUCAAGAACGCGCUGAAUGACGAUGAGAGUGGCCUCAGCAAAGAUUUUGAAACGUUAUUAAAUGGUGCAUUGGCAGGCAUGGCACCAGGACCGCUACCAAAUCCAGAUAACGCACGCUAUAAAGCAUAUCUUGGGACCGACGAGGCGAAACCGAAACCUGUGUUCGAGGGGCAAUUAAGCAGGGGAUUACCCCCGAACCCGGGGACGCCUUUUUCCAGCGCUCCUUCUCCAGCACCGAGAUCCGUGAGGCCGGAGCGGUCAGGCGCAAAGAGGAGUUACCAGGACACCAGCUUUGUUGGCUAUUCCGAAGGUUUCGCAGACGAUGCCGAUUCUACAGCUGGAGAAGAGGCCGGCCCAAAGAAAAGACCGAAGCUUGGAUUUGGAGCAGCACAUCAAAUCGGAAUGGUCGGGGGCGUGCGGCGGUGAAAACACUCUUGGUAUUGAAUUUGGACGUUCUCGUUACACGGCGUUGGUUGGAAUCGGCAGACUCAAUUUUGGUAUUGGGUAUUGAUAGGAGAGCGAGCGUGAAGCCAACAGCUCUGCUUCGCCGCAAACCUCGAAGGCGUAAGGGAUUGGCUCACAUAGAAUUCGGAUGGUUGAACGUGCGUUGACGAAGACCAUGCUUUGUUAUGGAUCUUUACUUUGAUUUUAUAAACAAGAAGAAAGGCGUAAGUGGGCGGAGGCCAAAGGGUGGUAUUUUUUGGUGCAUAAUCAGGCGGAGUCCCUCAUGAUACCCUUAGGCAAACUGAGCAUGAAUAGCAA